AUGAAUAUUAAUGCUAGUUUUCACAAUGGUGGAAGAAUUUUUGUUGCCUGGAAGCCUGGUUGUUUUACAGUGAACAUUGUUGCUGUAACAAGCCAGCUUAUUCAUUGUCAUGUUACCCCAGUUAGUGGCAUGACUAGUUUUUUCUGUACUUUUGUUUAUGCAUUUAAUGAUAGUUCCCAGAGGAAAGAUUUGUGGAAAACUUUGAUGGAAUUGAAUUCUCAAGAUCCUUGGAUCUUAUAUGGGGAUUUUAACUGUGUGAUGGGGGUUGAAGAAAGAAUAGGAGCCCCUGCGAGGCAUGCUGAAAUUACUGAUAUCAAUGCUUGUAUGCAUGUAUGUAGUAUGGAGGAUAUCAUGUGUGUUGGCAAUCUGUUUACUUGGAACAACAAGCAAUAUGGGGCAGCUAGAGUUUUUUCUAAGUUGGAUAGAGUUCUGUCUAAUCCAGCUUGGCAAAGUGCUUAUUGCUCUGCAGAAGCUUGUUUCUUGACUGAGGGUGAGUUUGAUUAUUCACCUGGUUUGAUCAUUGUGUAUCCAAGACACACAGGAGGAAGAAAACCAUUUAGAUACUUCACUAUGUGGAAGUCCUCUCCAGAUUUUGCUGGAAUUGUGCUACAUCAAUGGAAUCAGCAUGUUCAUGGAAGUAAGAUGUAUACUGUUGUUACCAGAUUGAAGAAAGUUAAGUUGGCUCUUAGAGAGCUCAAUAAAAAGGGGUUCUCAGACAUUUAG